GGGGACAGCAAAGUGUUGAUAGAGGCAGUUCCGGUGUGUUACGUUUCAUUCCUACACCCGGACCGGGAUCGCUGGCGUUUUUUCUCUCCGUGGAGUUUUAGGCUAGAGGUGAACAUGUCUGGUCGCGGAAAGCAGGGCGGCAAAGUGCGAGCAAAAGCCAAGUCCCGAUCCUCCCGCGCAGGACUGCAGUUCCCGGUGGGCCGAGUGCACAGACUGUUGCGCAAAGGGAACUACGCGGAGCGAGUUGGCGCUGGGGCACCGGUGUACCUGGCAGCGGUGUUGGAGUACCUGACCGCCGAGAUCCUGGAGUUGGCAGGCAAUGCCGCGCGCGACAACAAGAAGACCAGGAUAAUCCCUCGCCACCUGCAGCUCGCCAUCCGUAACGACGAGGAGCUAAACAAGCUGCUGGGGAAAGUGACCAUCGCUCAGGGCGGCGUCUUGCCUAACAUCCAGGCCGUGCUGUUGCCCAAGAAGACGGAGAGUCAGAAGGCGAAGAGCAAGUGACCCUGACGCCGCCACAGGGGAGCUGGCUUCCUGAGCAAAGCCUCUUUUCCUAGCCGCCCCGCAGUGUUUUUGAAUAUACUGGAUGUCAUGGAGGGUCAGCGCGAUCUAGUGGGGAGGUGGGCUGCGAGGGGCCCACCGGUGUGGGGGACCAAUAAAGUCGGUGAAAAUCGUGUUGUCGAGAGAGCUGUGUAGUCCCGGGGCCUGCCGGAGACCUCUGGAGCAGGUACUGGUGGGUCGGCUUUGGUGCCAGUCACCCUCGAGGCGUUGUGGGCGGCUGAGGGAAACUAGGAGGGACCCACUGACCUGAAGGUAGGCAGAGAUGGGAGCUCUCCCCGCUCGCCUUAAGGUGAAGGGGAGGCAGUGUAGGUAUGGAUGCGGCAGGGAGAACUAUUUUUAUGGCCUCUUCCCAGGGCUUUAGCUCUCUUGCCCUGUAUGGGCAGUUCAGAAACCAGUUCUAGGAAAGAGAUAGUGAAUCCCAGCUGGUCUAGGG